GUACUUGCUGCAGCCGAAAGGAAACGGUACAAAGUCUAAGCCAGAUGAUCUGGGUUCUUUACGUCUGAAGGUAACAUACACGGAGGACAACGUCCUGCCCUCUGCCUUCUACACGGCCCUCCGCAACCUAAUGCUCAAAUCCCCGGAUGUCAAGGAGAAUCUUCAGGGAUAUGUACAGAAGGUUUUUACGUCUAUAACACAGUCCAGCUCCAGCUGUCCUCCCCUCAUGUGUGACGUCUUCAGAUCACUCAGACAGCUGGCAUCUAAACGCUUUCCAGCGGAUCCUCAUGUGCAGUACUCAGCGGUCAGUAGUUUCAUAUUCCUGAGGUUCUUUGCGGUGGCUGUUCUCUCUCCACACACCUUCCAGCUGAGAUCCCAUCAUCCUGACCCCGAAAUUUCCCGCACGCUUACUCUCAUCUCUAAAACCAUCCAGUCUCUAGGCAGCUGGGGCAGCCUUUCCAAGAACAAACUGUCUAGCUUUAAAGAAACCUAUAUGUACGAUUUCUUCAAAUUAUUCCAAGAAGAUGAAUGUAUAGAAAAAGUUAAAAAG